AUGGAAUUGUUCUUGGAAACCGAGCCGAAAAAUCGGCCAUUACCAGGUCAUGAGAAAAUUAAAAGAAAAUUGAGAGAAGAAGCGAUAAAUGUGAUGAAAGGAUGGGAGAAGAAGUUUGUGAAAGAUUAUGUUGUUCUGAAACUUAUAACUAUCUCGCUAAAGAACUCACAGGUUGUAAAUUACGCGGAACCAAGUGCAAAAGUUUCGAAGGAAAGCGCCAAGGCUCGCGCAAUCCGAAGAACUAAAGCAAAAAUUGCGAAGCGGACGCUUGAGAUCCUCAAACUCAAAUUUGAGACGUUCAACAAAGAAGCACGAAUAUCAAUAACUCAGUUGAACAAUGCAAUCAAUCUUCUUGUUCCAAAUUUCACUGAACUUGAAAAUGAAAUCGAAUAUAAGGAUUCCAGUCAUCAAACGGCAAUACCUUCAAGUUUAACCGUUGUGAUUUCAAACAUUAAUCCCGAAAUUGUAAUGAGCCCCGAAAAUGACGGAAUUGUUGAGACGAUUAUGGAUUUGAAAAAUGUUAUGAAAAUUCACGUCAAAAAGCUGAAAAGAAUGAUCGAUCAAUCGAAUGAGCUGAAAACCAGCGGAAUCGAAGAAUUCCGUGCGUCGCUUUAUAAUCUUCAACGAGACAUUACAAAAAUUACACUGAAAGCGAAAGAUCUGAAAAUUAUUGGCUGGAAUCGAAAGCGAAAAAAAAUCAAAAUCGACGAAGACGAGGAGGAUGAAUUUGUCGACGUUGAUGAUCUUCCCGUUGAUGAUUUCCUUAUUAUGCAUUAUAAUAAGCCACGGGAAGAGGAGCACGAAGAGCGAGUUGUUAAGAUGAAGGCAAAGAUAGUUGAUCCUGAUGAGCCGUCGACUUCGAAUUCGAUUCCUCUCGUUCCUUAUGGCUUGGAUCUCAAAUAUUGGGGCGAAGAAAGAAGCAAUGUACAGAUUACCAAGAAUAAUUCGGAUUGUCAUCGAUUCUGGAGAGCGCCUGAUGAAGAUACUGUUGUAUCGUUGGCUAGCGAAUCGAUUUAUACCCAGAGAUUGAUCACAUAUGUUGGAAAAGAACGAAAGUCUGAUAAAGUUUGUCGCGCGAAAAUGAAAAAUGGCUCAUUGUGCCCAAGGCGAGAUUUCGAACGAUGCCCACUUCAUGGUGCAAUUGUUGAACGUGAUGAUUUUGGGAAUCCAUUAAAGGAAUUGAGCUCGAUGGAGAAAACACGAAUUGACGCGAUGGCGGCGGCAAAACGAAGGAAUGAGGACGCGAAAAUAGCCAAGGAUAUUCAAAGGCGCACAGGAAUCGAUAUCAUUGGCGAAAAAUGGAAAACGCGACGGCGAAGAGAUGUCGAGGAAAUUAGCGAGCGCGAAGAAGUCAGGAAACGAUUAGAGAAGAAGCUGUUCGACCCGGGUACUGUGAAGCGUGUGUCUCAGGUUCUAGACGCUUCUCAGAAAGCGAGACUCCAGAAGAAGUUUGGCCAACAAUUCGCGCACUUGUGA